AUGCCCAUUCAAUGUGACACGUUCACCGUGUCGACGCCCGGCUUUCAUUCGAUCUGGCGACACACAUGUCAUCCUCUACUAGCCUACUCACCUCGACGCCUCUCCAAACGCCCGCCCGAAAUAACUCUGCGUAGCACUGCACGAUGCGUGUUCCACUCGCUCGGUGUGCCACGCCCGUCCUCCCCGCGCCCUAGUGCCCCGGCAACAGCCGCCAUCGACACACCGCGGCCCGUCUCCGAGCCUGCACCUUCCUUGACUGUACUCGCCGAACCAUCCACAGCGCCAGCAUGGGUCACCCUGCGUCUGGAGCUCCCGGCCAUGAGUCGGCCCAUGCGACUGCGAAAUCGCGCUGCUGACAUGGCUGCGUCUGAGUUCGCACGCGGGGUCCUCCGCGACGCCACACAUCUCUCCGUGUGGGGUGCAGCUGCACGUCCGCGUCGGCUCCGUGCGCGGGUCCGCAGGGGGCAAGGCAGUGGGCAUAACCGUGCAUACUCCACCGCUGGGCCACCAUCGCUGCGUUUCGCGCUUGGUUGA